AUGUCAUUUGGUGGUCCACCACAAAUCUUCUGUUUUCAAACUCGACACGUCGUCAUAUUCUUCUCAAUUUUUGGAUUAAUUGAAUGUUUAUGGCAAUCCGUAUUCAAUGGAGAUCUUGUCACGAAGACAACUGGAUUCGUGUCUUCUGCUUUGGAAAUUGUACUGUUGUAUGGAGUUAUCAAGAAUCAGUCAAAACUUUUGAAGGUUUCAAUGUAUAUUUCGUUAAUCCACUUGACAUUUGAUUUCGGCGGAAUCCUGGUUACUCCUGUAUAUUUCGCUAGUCAAGUGGCUUCUGGAUACGAGUCCAAUGACACGUAUCCAAAUAUAUUGGGAGUUAAAACAGCCGAAGAAGAUCGUUUUGUAGUUGGAUUGGUGACUGGAUACUCAGUUGAAAUCAUAAGUACAGCUGGAGUUGCAUUGUCCGUUCUUCAAUUUAUUCUAAUUAAUCGAUGUUAUGUCUAUGCGAAAAUGAUGGAAAGUGGAAUAUUCAAACAGUCGAAACUCAGUGUUAUUAAGUUUUGA